AGCUCUGCAGUCUCCAGUCUUCCCCGUUUCGGUUUCACUGACAGCUCCAUCUCGGACUUUCGGAAACAGAGAGUGGCAAUUCCGUUAUUGUUUCCGAAGCUAUGGCUGGUUUCCUCAUGUUCCUCUCGUAGUAGAGAAUCAGAACCCCACUCCGGUGAGUCCUUCCUUUUGUUCCUUCUAAGUGAACUUGUCCUUACCUUCCCCAUUCGCGGGCUUUUCCAAUCCCCACCUUUGCCGACCCAGUCGGCGAUCGCUGGCGAUUUCUGUCCUCCUUGCUUUAUCGGAAUCUGCCGCCUGCGAGACUCCUCAUUUUUUGAUUCCCAUGUGAUCUCGAUUCCCUGCUACCAGACGAAGCUGACGGAUGGGUUGCGUGCUCGGAGUGGCAAGGGACGAUGCAGGCCGCAGGGCGGGCUCCGGAGCUCGGAACCGUCGUGAGCAAAACUGUGCUGCUGACGGAGGUAAUGCUGUUAGGGUUGGGAGCGAAGGGACAGCGAAGGAGAAGCAAAGGACUGGGCAGCACGGCGGCGAAUUUGUUGAUCAGUUCCCGGGACCGGAACGACGGAAACCUAGUCUUGAUCCUUGCGCUCAAACCCAACAGGGGUGGCCAUCUUGGUUGAUGGCUGUGGCUGGCGACGCAAUUCGAGAUUGGGCUCCUCGGCGCGCCAACACGUUCGAGAAACUCGCGAAGAUUGGACAAGGGACGUAUAGCAAUGUAUAUAAAGCGAGAGACCUUCUUACCGGAAAGACAGUAGCUCUAAAGAAAGUUAGGUUUGAUAAUCUGGAGCCAGAGAGUGUGAAGUUCAUGGCGAGAGAGAUUCUUGUUUUGAGGCGGCUUGAUCACCCAAAUAUCGUGAAACUCGAGGGCUUGGUUACUUCUAGAAUGUCAUGCAGCCUUUACUUAAUAUUCGAGUAUAUGGAACAUGAUCUUGCUGGGCUUGCUGCUGGGCAAGGUGUUAAGUUCACUGAGCCUCAAGUGAAAUGCUAUAUGAAGCAAUUACUCUCUGGCCUUGAGCAUUGCCACAGCAAAGGUGUCUUGCAUCGUGAUAUCAAGGGUUCCAAUCUGCUUAUUGAUGAUGAAGGAAUCCUUAAAAUUGCAGAUUUUGGACUGGCAGCUUUCUAUGAUCCUGAGCACAAGCAGCCCAUGACAAGUAGAGUUGUUACGCUUUGGUAUCGUGCUCCUGAGCUUCUUCUUGGGGCUACAUACUACGGUGUUGGUAUUGACCUUUGGAGUGCUGGCUGCAUCUUGGGAGAGUUGCUUAAUGGGAAGCCAAUCAUGCCUGGUCGAACAGAGGUUGAACAACUGCACAAAAUAUUUAAAUUAUGUGGCUCUCCAUCUGAAGAUUACUGGAAGAAAUUUAAAUUGCCAAAUGCUACGCUCUUCAGGCCACAGCAGCCAUAUAAACGAUGCAUUUUGGAAACCUUCAAGGAUUUCCCUCCUUCUUCCGUACAUCUAAUAUCUACUCUUCUUUCAAUAGAUCCUGAUGAUCGUGGCCGUGCCUUGGCUGCUCUAAAUAGUGAUUUUUUUACCACCGAGCCCUAUGCUUGUGAACCAUCAAGUUUGCCAAAGUAUCCUCCCAGCAAAGAAUUGGAUAUAAAACUGAGAGAUGAAGAAGCUAGAAGACAAAAAGCUCUAAAUGGGAAACAUAAUGCUAUUGAUGGUGCCAAAAGAGUCAGAGUACGUGAUCGUGGUCGGGCAAUUCCAGCCCCAGAAGCCAAUGCAGAGAUCCAAUCAAACUUAGAUAGGUGGAGAGUGGUGACACAUGCAAACGCAAAAAGCAAGAGUGAGAAAUUCCCACCACCUCAUCAAGAUGGGGCCGUUGGAUAUCCAUUGGGUGCAUCUCACAAGGGACCUGUCUCAUUUGGUGCCACUGAAACGGAUGCUUCCUUUAGCUCCGCAAUAUUUAAUUCAAAACCUGCAGGACCUUGCAGGGGUAAGAAGACAAAGAAAACAGAUUCAUCAUGGAAACUCAUGCGUCCAUUCAAAUAAUCAAUUCAUCAAGUAGGCCUGUAAAUGGAUUUUUUGUUACUUUUGGGGCAAAUAAGUCUCUGCCGUUCUUGGCAUUUCGAGGUGGGGCCUGAAUUCUUUUCCCCCACUUUCAUAUUGCUACCAUUUUAAUUUUGUUUUUGGUUCAUUUGAUAUAUAUAGUUUUUGCUGUAUAAUGUACGACGGGAUCCUUAGUUUUGUAUAUUUAGGUUAGGAUGGAAUCAUGGAAUCCCUUUGCUGUACAGUUCCCAGGAACUGCCUCAUCUCCGUUUUGACCCGCCAGUGUUCUUGAA